ACGUACAGUGACGUACCCACGUCGCUGUCGCGCGUUAGUGACGUGGUGUAAGUGCGAUAACGUAGCACUGACGGAAAAGAUAAAAUAAAAACCAAACUGGGAUCUCACUGGUUUACUUCCUCAUAUACACGCAUCCCUUUCUGUUCUGAGCUGGGUGAUCGAUCGGAGUCAAGAUGUCGUACAUGCUCCCUCAUCUCCACAAUGGCUGGCAGGUCGACCAAGCCAUCCUGUCCGAGGAGGACCGAGUCCUCGUCAUCCGCUUCGGACACGACUGGGACCCGACGUGCAUGAAAAUGGACGAGGUUCUGUACAGCAUCGCAGAAAAGGUUAAGAAUUUUGCCGUCAUUUACCUGGUGGACAUCACAGAAGUUCCCGACUUCAACAAGAUGUACGAGUUGUACGACCCCUGCACUGUCAUGUUCUUCUUCAGGAACAAACACAUCAUGAUAGAUUUGGGCACCGGUAACAACAACAAGAUCAACUGGACAAUGGAGGACAAGCAGGAGAUGAUAGACAUUGUUGAAACCGUGUACCGAGGAGCAAGAAAAGGACGAGGUCUGGUGGUGUCUCCGAAGGAUUAUUCUACAAAAUACAGAUAUUGAUUUUUGUUUUUCACUUACUACUUUUUUAAGAUGUUUUUUUCUUCCGAUACAUUUUGUGACACAACACAGAGACAUGUUACAGAAGUCAGAGACCUUUUUGUUUUCACCAGCAAAACAAGACUCUUCUUCAUGCUCAUGGUUGUGUGACAUUGUGCCAUGUAUGUUUUUUGUGUGUGUGUAUGUAGAUAAACAUUUUAUUCAGUUUAUUCAAAUUAAGUUGUCGACUUAUUUCUGUGAAACAAGUGCUGAAGAAACCAGACCUCUAUUCGAAUGUUGUAAUAAAUAUGGACAUUUACAGAAA